AUGGAUGCGGUCGCGGAUGCGCAGGUUUUCUCAGAGCAGGAUUGGGCUCGGUGCUAUGCGAUAGAAGCCCAAGUCGAGUCCCUCCUUAGGGCAGAGGAGGAGUACUGGCGUAGACGCGGUGGCAUCAAGUGGACGCUAAAGGGCGACGCGAACACUAAGUACUUUCAUGCGUAUGCUAAUGGCCAGCGUCGUAAGUGCGCCAUCCUGAGACUGCAAUCUGAGCAGGGGCUCCUUUUGCGCCAGCAGGACAUCGUCCGUCACAUCUACGAUUUCUACAUCCAACUGAUGGGCUCCAGGGAGGAGUCUCGCGCUCGGUUGUGGGCGGAUGUUUGGGAUCCUGCGUUGCGGGUCACGGACGAGGAAAAUGAGGGCCUGGGGCUGGCCUUCCUUCCCCAGGAGAUUGAUGUGGCGGCUCUUGGGAUGAAAUCGGACACCGCCCCAGGCCCAGAUGGGUGGCCGGUGGCGAUGUUUAAACGGUUUUGGCAAGUGCUUAAAGGGCCAAUUUUCGACGCGUAUGACCGAGUGAAUUGGGAGUUUCUCCGACAAGUCCUCCUGGACCGAGGCUUUUCGCCGGUGUGGGUUCACCGCAUGAUGCAAUUGGUCUCGGGGGGCCAAACGGCGAUUGCGGUGAAUCGAGAAGUAGGGAACUUCUUCCGCAACAAGCGUGGUCUGCGUCAAGGGGACCCGGCCUCGCCGUUGCUCUUUAAUUUUGUGGCGGACGCUCUGGGCGCCAUGCUAGACAAAGCACGAACUGCUGGUCACAUCAGGGGAGUGGUCGGCAACUUGAUCCCAGGAGGUGUGUCACACCUGCAGUACGCGGAUGACACACUCCUCCUUUUUGAGCCGGACUUGCACAGUAUCGCAACGGUUAAGGCCAUUCUUCUGUGCUUUGAGCUCAUGUCUGGGCUAAAAAUUAACUUCCACAAGUGUGAAGUGGUGUCCAUAGGGAUGGACGCGGAUGAAAGUUUGCGGGUAGCUAAUUUGCUCAAUUGCAAACUUGGGAAACUAUUGUUCACCUACCUCAGCCUCCCGAUCGCAGAGAAGAAAUGCUCGAUCGCUGAUUGGGAACCUCUCUACACUAAGGUGGCAGGCCGUGGCGAGACCGGCCUCUGGAUGGACCUCCUGCGUGCGAAAUACUUCCCCGAUGGGAACUUUUUUGAGGCAGCAACCCAUGGGUCUCCUUUCUAG